AUGGAAAGGGAUUACCUGGAGGCAGCAGGAUUAAGCAUCGCCGGGGGAAGCUGCAGCAGCCUCCGGUUCAGGGAGGAGAACAAGCCUGGAAGCUGCUGCGCCGGGUCGCGCAAGGGCAGAGCGCGGAGGCCUGUGGAAAGGGCCCGUGCUCUGGGCGCGCCCGCCAGCCGGAGGGGGGCCGGUCCCACCGCGGGGUGCGCGGGCGAGCGCCCGGCCUGCCGGGCGCCUGCCAGCUGCGAGCCUUUUGCCCGCAGGUUCCUGCCAUCGUCGCGGAAUGGGCUGGAAGAGAACUACUGCCGCAACCCCGACGGCGACAAGCGGGGCCCGUGGUGCUACACCAUGGAGCCCGGCGUGCGCCACCAGAGCUGCGGCAUCAAGAAGUGUGAGGAUGCCGUCUGCAUGAGCUGCAAUGGGGAGGACUACCGCGGCGCCGUGGACCACACCGAGUCGGGCACCGAGUGCCAGCGCUGGGACCUGCAGCACCCGCACAAGCACCCCUACCACCCAGACAACGCCUGCUUCAGAGGGAAGGGCGAAGGCUACCGGGGCCGGGUGAAUGUCACCGCCUCGGGGAUCCCCUGCCAGCGCUGGGAUGCGCAGGAGCCCCACAAGCACCACUUUGUGCCCGAGAAGUACCCGUGCAAGGACCUGCAGGAGAACUACUGCCGCAACCCUGACGGCUCCGAGGCACCGUGGUGCUUCACCAUGCGUCCCUCCCUGCGUGUGGCCUUCUGCUUCCAGAUCCAGCGCUGCGCCACCGAGCUGGGCGCCCAGGCUGGGGACAGGGUGCCAUCCACGCUGGAGCAUGCAGCGGGCACCGCACUCACCGCGGCCCGUCCUGCCCGUGAUAGGGCUGGCGUGCACUUCUGCGGGGGGUCCCUGGUGAAGGAGCAGUGGGUCAUCAGCAGCCAGCAGUGCUUCUCCUCCUGCGACGCCGACCUGACAGGCUACGAGGUCCAACUGGGAACCCUCUUCAAGGACCCUGGCCCCGAGGACCCCGACAAGCAAACCAUCCCCAUUGUGCGCAUCGUGUGCGGCCCCUCCGAGUCACACCUGGUGCUGCUGAAGCUGGCGAGGGUCCCCUUGUCCAUGGUACUCCCUCUCCCCCUGCCCACAGCGCCCAUGCCCUGCACCACGGAUGACUCCGUGCUCAACGUGGCGCAGCUGCCCGUGCUGUCCAACGCGGAGUGCAGCGCGAUGCUGCGUGGGCGCAUCAAGGACAGUGAGCUGUGCACCUCGCCGCUGCGCGCCGGCGUGGGCGCCUGCGAGGGGGACUACGGGGGGCCCCUGGCCUGCCUCACCCACGACUGCUGGGUGCUGGAGGGGGUGAUCACCCCGGCCCGUGUGUGUGCCCGCACCAACCAGCCUGCCCUUUUCAUCCGCGUCUCCCUUUACGUCGACUGGAUGCACAAGGUCAUGAAGAUGGCCUGA